CCCGGCGCUGUCACUGCUGUCACCCCGGGGUGCUGAGCGCUCGGGGGGGUGGGGGUGGCACAAAGCGCUGGAACCCCGCGGCCAUUGUGACACCGCGGCCACCAGGCCGCCGCCGCCGGCUCCCGCGGCCCCGCGGAGUCACUUGUCACCAGGGCGCCGCUGCCACCAACAGGGCCACCCCCCCGCAUGCCGGCGCCGCUGCUGCCGCCCCGCUCGCCGCGGGCAGCGGCCCCGGGAGCCCCCCCGCGCCCCGCCGCGACCACCGGCCGGGGGGCCGAGCCCGAGGCCGGGGCGCCGCCAGCAGAGCCCCCCAUGUCACACGACCUCUGGGUGGGCCCCUGGAGACCGCACCGGCCCCGGGGGCCCACCUCGGCCGGGUACCGCAGCCCCGGGCCCAAGUACCGGAUCCCCGGCAGCAUCGGUGAGUGCGGGGCGGCGGGGCCGGCCGGGGACGCGGGCCGGGGGCGCCGAGUCCCACCGAGCCCCUGCCCGCCCCCAGGCCAAGACCGGCGCGACCCCUCCGGCCGCCGCGCCCCCGCCUACAGCUUCGGGAUGAGGCUGGGGGGCCCCGAGGAGCCGCGCUCGCCCGGCCCGCAGUACCUGGUGCCCGCCGGCUUCACGGCCCGCGGCCCGGACCGCGGGCCCGCCUUCACCAUGGGCGGCCGGCCCCGCGAGCGCCGCGCCAGCAACACACCUGGGCCAGCGUAUUAUUCCCCCGAGCAGGCCACCAGGGUGACCCUGCCCUCGGCCCCCGCCUGCUCCGUGAGGUCCCGCGCCCGCCCGGACAGACUCCAGCAGACGCCAGGCCCUGCCACCUACCAGCUGCCCCCCGUGGCGGGGCCCCGCCUGGUGAACAAGGCAUCGACCCCGCAGUGCAUCAUGACAGGGCGAGGCCCCAGCAUCUUCGAGGACAAUAAACAGACCCCAGGACCCAACAACUACGGCACCGUGGACCCCAACUUGUACAUGGCGCGGGCGCCCCGCUGCACCAUAGUGGGGCGGACCCGCUCGCCCCCGACCUCCAACACGCCCAGCCCCAGCGACUACUACCCCAAACCGGACCAGAAACAAGGACAGACCUUCGGCGUGCGCCACUCGGAGAGCGUGGUGCCCAUGAUGGACUCGCGCCUGUAGGGGAGCGGGGACGUGGGUGACACCGCCAGCCUGUGGCAAACACGAACUGCAGCAGCACCCGCUCGCUCUCCUGGGUGACACUGUCAGCCUGUGUGAACACGAGCUCCAGCAGCACUCGCUCACUCUCCUGUCCCGCUGCGUCGCACGGGGGGCCGGGGGCU